AGCUGUAAAAUCAGCCGGUCGGCGUCGUAGACUUCGGCUACUCUUUCGAGGGAAACUCGAUAUAGCUUGAUUUUUUUUUUUUUAGUAUUGGAAAAAAUGCUUAUGUCCGUCAAGUCAACUCAGCGGCUCGCCGGGACUCUUUUGGAUAUUGUCGAAGUCCACUCGACCACGUUUUUUCGUGGAAUUGCUAAACGAGGAAAUGGCAGGUGAGUAAAAUAAGAGGACCAUCGAUGGCGGAUGCACAGAUGUUAGUCGAGGGCGGCGACGUCCGGGCCGAGCUGGAGAUCGGCUUCCCUCCCGUGAUGGAGCACUACACCUCUGACGUCACACACGUCCCCAACCACCAAGUCAGAGCCUUGUGUACCGACGGGACCCUCUUCAGCCAUCUUGAGACAAUCUGGAGGUUUGAGCCAGGACCUAAAGACGCACCGGACUCCUGCAAAGUUCAUUUUUAUGUGUCCUUCGAGUUCAAGUCGUUGCUUCAUUCUCGACUGGCCCGUCUCUUCUUCGACGAGGCGGUCAAGCAGAUGGUCAGCGCCUUCGAGUUACGGGCGGCCGCACUCUACGGCCACCAGCAGGAGGCGACACUGAGGAGGCGGUCCUCAUGACACCACCUCCACCACACACACACAUGCACGAGAAGCUAUAUUUUCACAUAGAAUAAUUUAUUUGUCACAAGCUAAUUUAUUCUGACUCAUUUAUGCACAAAUAUUUUCUGAUGAUUUUUACUUAACUAUUUUUUUUUUCAAUUAAAAGUUUUUUUAAUGACUUAUAUUGCCUCUUAUUCAUUUUAAUGACGUUUAAUGACUUAGAUUGCCUCAUAAAUUUUUUUAAAAAAAAAUUUUUUGUACGACAUCUUUUUUGACACUAUAUGCUAUUAUAGCCACAAAUUUAUAUCGUGGCCGACAUAU